AUGCCUUCAAAAACGAACCCCAAGUCUGCAGCCGCCGCUGCACUAAACAGAGAGGCCGACAGCAAUGCCUUCAUCAACGAAUACCUUGCAGACUGGGACAAUGACGACCCUUUCGCUUCCGACACGCCUGAGCCCGCCUCCGCCCCACAAAAGGCCGACAAUAAAGGCAAGAAGACCGACUCUCUCGGCAUUGACGAACAGAUCGACUUGACGAGAAAGCCGCGCGCCCCCCGUGUGAAGCUGGACGAGACCCGCCUGCUGUCGGAGAAGGGCAUCCCCAAGCUGCGCAAGAUGGCACCACGCAUCAAGUUCAAGGGGAAAGGGCACGAGUUUUCCGACGCCUCUCGCCUGCUUUCUUUCUACCAAGAGUGGUUGGACAACCUCUUCCCCAAGGCCACCUUCUUAGACGCGCUUGCGAUGGUCGAGAAAGCGGGACACAAGAUUGUAAUGCGCAAUGAACGCCAAAGGUGGAUUGACGAGGGGAAGCCGAAACCGACAAUCGAGGACGUGGACGAAGACCACCAAGACCAGCGUUCUUCGGCCCCAAGGCAGCCAAGCCGCAUUGCGCCCAUAUUCGAGCAGAUGGCUGGCCAGGACCGAGCGGGAACCCCCGCAGCAGACGACCUGUUCGGGGACGACGAUAUCUACAAUGCAACUCCGAGGGGCAGCACAGGGCCCUCCAGACAAGCUGCCCAGGAAGUUCCAGAUGACGAUGACUUAGAUGCUUUGAUGGCCGAGGCAGAAUCCAACACAUUGCAACCCCCCAAGGGACCCAGCACGACUACUCCGUCCUUUGGUAGCAUCUUCGGUAGCGGGUCUAACAACCGAUCUGCGCAAGCGUCUAGCGGUGAACCUGACGAUGACGAUCUGGACGCUCUGAUGGCUGAAGCAGAGACAUCAACAGCUACCUCCAAGCCCAGCCAAUUUGCAGCAAAGGGCAGCAUUUUUGGAAGCAGAAAUACAGCGCAGAAGGCCACGCAGGACAGAAACGCCGACGAGGAGCAUGAUAACGACCUGGAUGCACUCAUGGCCGAGGCCGAGGCCGAGGCGCAGGCGGCGCCUUCAGCAUCUGGCAAUAGAGUCACGCCGGCCGACGGGAAUGGCAAUAUCGCUAGAAUGGACAAGGCAAAGAAUCCCGGAGGGACUACCGACCAGGACAACGCAGAUGAUCUUGAUGCACUGAUGGCGGAGGCAGAAGCCCAGGCGCUAUCAACCACCAAUACUACUGCGCCGCCAAAAGACUCCAACCAGCGACCUCAAACUUUUGACGACGACGAAGAGGCAAUGGCCGAGAUGGAUGGGCUAUGGUGA